UUCACCAUUGAUGAUGGUGGAGUAGAUGUACCCCCCAAAAUUCAUCGGAAGGAUGAAGAGUGGAGAGACCUCAAGUUUCUGGUAUAUGUAAACCCACUUCGAGCUUACUCAAUUCUGUUACAUUCAAAUCACUUUUGUUCACUAGUCGGCGUUUUGAAGUGUUAUUGGUUGGUGUGUUGAUAAUGUACGGCAAAAUUUUGUUUGUUGUUGCUGUUUGCGCCAUCGGAGUUCUUGGUGAAGCGAAUAAAACCCGCAAAUGUAAUAUUCCACCAACAGCACCUAAAAGGAUAGAAAAGGUCAUAAAUCAAUGCCAGGAUGAAAUUAAAGUGGCUAUUCUUGCAGAAGCUUUACAAGCAGCAAGUGUGAUCAAUUCCAACAAGAGGUCCAAAAGAGAAACAUUCACAGCUGAAGAGAAGCGCAUUGCAGGGUGUUUGCUCCACUGCGUCUACAGAAAAAUGAAAGCGGUGAAUGACAAAGGUUUCCCAACAGUUGAAGGCUUGGUCUCGUUGUACACCGAAGGAAUCGAAGACAAAGAAUACAUUUUGGCUACUCUUCAGUCCGUUAAUGUUUGUCUAGCAAAAGCACAGAAGGAGUUCAUUACAACACCUCAAUCAUUAGAAGUCCAAGGAAAAACAUGUGAAAUCGCCUAUGAUGUCUUCGAUUGCGUAUCAGAAAAAAUAGGAGAAUAUUGUGGACAAACUCCUUGAAUUGCUGUAGAUCCAUCCAAGCAGAUACAUCACAUCUGAUUUCAUUUUGUUUAAUUUAUGUCUUUUUGAACCAUUGUAUUUUAACAUCACUAGUCAUUUCAUUCACCACAUAAAUACAUCGUGUAGAUACCAUCGUAGAUAUAAUUAAAAAAACAAUAUCAAUUAUAUAAUUGUAUAUCUU